AUGUCGCAUCGUCACAAUAAUCGACGGUCUGGAAACUCGCGGCGACAACAGUCUGUCGACUUCCCUCGCUAUCCUCCCUUGUCACAACCUCAGACAGAGCCGCCAAUAUCUGCCCUUGCUCCUGGUCCUCUACCUGCUGCCACUUCUGCUGCUGCUCUUCCCACACCCGUUGCUGUGGCUCCCCCGCAGCUUGCUGUUCAGAUCUCAGACUAUGAGUCCGACAAUCAAGGCUAUCAGUCAGAUUACCCUACAAAGCCUCCUCCUCCGAACCGCACCAACGAAGAACUCAACCUAUCCGUGCUCAAACGACACAACCCCCAGAUAUCCUCGAUCCUCUCCAUAGCCCCUUACGCCGUGGUAUACGAGUUCUCUCCGCUACCUCAACCUGAAUGGACAAAGACAGGAGUGGAAGGCUCCUUGUUUAUCUGUGAGCUCACUCCCGGACCACUGGGUGAAGAUAGAUAUUCCGCGAUUGUUCUCAACAGAAGGGGCCUCAACAAUUUCGAAGCAGAACUCCGGGAAGGCGAAAAUGCCGGCGUGGAGAUAACCGGGGAAUAUGUCAUCAUUAGCUUCAAGGAAGGCUAUGAGCAAAAGAUUUACGGCGUCUAUAUCUUCCACGACGGGCCAGGGACCUCAACUGAAAACGCCCAGAAGCGGAACGGCGAACUGAUGAAGUCUCUGGCCGAUCAUGCUGGAGUAAGCAGACAAGCCGCCGAAGCGGCUGCCUCAGCUGCAACCGCACAGCAUACAAAUGGUCACAUGCUCCAGGCUGAGCAGACCUUGCAAGAUCAGCAAGCAAGUGCACCGGCUCCUGGUCAGCAAAUCAGUCUGCAGCAACUUUUUGGCCAGCAGAGAUCAGACGAUGCAGCCUGGAGUGUACGAGCACAUGAGUAUGAUGGUAGAACCCUACCUCCAUCACAACCAGGGCUGCAACAGCCUGACGUACUGAUUGAUCUGUUCAGGAAAGCUGGCUUCGGAGCAAGAUAG